AAAUGUAAAAAAAGAACAAAAAUAUUUUUAGAACAGUAUUACAGCAAACAUUGCGGUGUAUUUUUUUUUAUUGAUCACAUAAAUGAUGGGUUUUAUCAUAUUGGUUUAUUACGCGUUAUAUUAUGCUCUCCGUAUACAUGGCAGUAUUCAAAACAUACAACCUGGGAUUCAUUUUGAAAGUGAUAAUAACAAUAAAACUUAUUUUAUUCCGGUAACACAAUUGUAAAUCCAUUGUGCUGCGUCGUGCAAAUAAAGCAAUAUAUAUUUUUUUCCAAAUGGCCGCGUACACAAUACAGUUCUAAAUCCAAUUAUAGCGAGUUUUUUUUUAUUAAAUUACCUUUGCCUGUAACAAAGAGAAGCUCUUCAUUGUGUUAAGCAGCGACGGCGAGGCCCUGGCACCCCCCCCCCCCCCCCCCCGCUUUAACCCCGGGCGGUGCGCUGGCUUUGUGCUGCUCCGUUAGAAUAUAAUUGAUUCCUUCCCCUUUUCAGGAGCCGUUAGCGUUGACGUGUUUUGACUUUCGCGACGGGCCCCGAGACCGCCCGAGGCUCAAUGGGGAGAGCGGCAAACACUCAUUAAAAGGGAUUUUCGGGCUGUCCCUUAAACCGGUCAUCCGCCGUUUAAGUGUCUUCACCGCACCCCCCUCCCCUCCAUCUCGCAUGUCCCCUUCACAGCUCAAGUGGCCGAUGGCCCCAGGUUGGGACGGCUCAUAUGGCAGGGGAUGGUGUGGAGGCGGGCGCGUGCACUCACCGUCGUCGUCGCUAUUGCCCCAAGUUUUCGGCCGAGCAAGUCCCACCGUGUACAAAUCCUCUAAGCGGCACGGCAAAGCAGUUCUCGGCUGAGUGUACGGGGCUACUCGCUGCCUCGUUCCGAAGUCGCCGGCUACCUCCUCGCUCUGUUCCCUGGGAGUGAAACGCGAGGGGAAAGAUGCUGCCGUGCGUAUGCAGUGUUCUCGUGGUGGCACUAAUCGUCAGCAGCGCACGUGGCCAAGUGGACCCACCGCCUCUAGCAGAGUCCCUGGUGCGCUGUGGGGUCGACACAAUCGGCUUCGUGAUGCCCAGGGAAGCGCUGGGCUGGGGCCUUGUGUUGCUGAGCGCGAGAGAUGCCGCGGGGAUUCUGGUGAACGUGAACUCCGCUCCCAGUGGCUGCAAGUUCCGGCUGGAGAGGCCGGCGGACGGCAGCCUCGAGUUUUCGGCUCCCAACGACGGCUGUUACGCGACCGCGUUGGGCUCGAGCAGGCGCAUGGUGUUUGUGAUGGAGACCACGGCGUACCGAAUCACGUCUCGCUCAACCUUCUCCGUCUCCUGUGUCCUGGGGCCUCGUUCGCUCGUGGUCGGUGACUCGGACUGCCCCGUGUCCCUGUCCUCUCGGCCGCUUUGCGACUCUCCGUCUGCCGGCCUUGACUCGUGUCUCGCCAAGGGCUGCUGCUAUGAAGAUGCCGGUGGCGGCGGUGACCGGUCGACGUGCGUCUAUGGGAAUUCUGUGUGCACGCGGGACGGCCACUUCGUCCUCGUGGUGCCCAGCGGCCCGGCCAGCGGCCUCAACCUGAGCUCCGUGAGGGUGCAGGGCUCCGAGUCGCGCGCCUGCGGCCUCGUCCACCUCGACGACGACUUUGCGGUGUUCCGCUUCGGUGUCGCGGAGUGCGGGGCCGUGUGGAAGGUGGAGGAGGGCGGCGGUGGCGUGGUGUACGAGGCGACGGUGGCGGCCGAGCGGGACGUGUGCACGCAGGACGACGUCAAGGUCACCAGGUCCGGCACCUACAGCUUCACCCUGCGGUGCCGCUACGUGGGGGUGGUGGAGGGGACGAUGCAGUUGGCGGUGCCCACGCCGACUCCUCCGCUCCCCGCCCACGAGAGGGGGGACCUCGGCGUGGAGAUGCGCCUCGCCACAGACGAGUCGUACUCCGCCUACUAUUCGGUCUUCCCCGUCAUCAAGGUCCUCCGUGACCCCAUCUUCCUGGAGGUUCGGCUCCUCGACCACGCCGACCCGCGCCUCCUCCUCCUCCUCCCCACGUGCUGGGCCACUCCGGGCCCCGACCGUGCCAGCCCCAUCCUGUGGCCAAUCCUGCAGGACGGCUGCCCUUUCGACGGAGACAACUACAAGACGGUGGUCCUUGGCGUCGAGGAGACGCCGGAGGUUCCCCUGCCCGGACUUUACAAGCGGUUCGAAGUGAAGACGUUUGUGUUUGUUGUGGGCGCAAGCCCGAACGCCAUCUACGACCGGGUGUUCUUCCACUGCAGCGCCGUCGUUUGUCGCGACGGAGACGCCAACUGCGUCCCUCCUGCGUGCGUGGCGCGCCGCCAGAGGAGAGUGUCGGACCCGAGGCCCCGUGACUGGGACGCAGAUCUACCCCGGGCCUUGGCGUCUGUGGGCCCCUUGCGGCUCCUGGAGGUUCCGCGUGAGCUGCCGAUGCAGUUGAGAGAGACCCGCGCGGCUUUGCUGUGGAGCGACUCGCUCCCUCCCGUCGUGCCGACAGCCCUCUCGGCGCUGGCGCUCGGCACGGCGCUCCUCUGCGGCAUCGCCUUCUCGAUCUCCGCGUGUCGCCAGCGACUCCAACGCGCGGAGUCGCAGGGACGGAGAUCAUCGGAUGGCUCGGCACUUGAUCAUUUCACCCUCUAGGGAGGUUUUGGAAACCCAGGCCACCGGCGUGUGGGGUCUCAUCCCCACCACACACACACGACUCGACUUCAAUAAAACGCACACUGCCCUCGUA